AACGAAAGUAAAAGUAGCCUCAGCCCUGAAGUUCAAUCGCAAGGAAAAGAAUUUUGUUGUGUGAAUGUGAAACCCUUUACAUUUGCCCAUGUCAUCGGAGAUAAGCUGUGUAGUGUAUGAUUUGUACAGGAACAGUUUUAUUUUUCUACUUGAUCUAAUAGGCUAGACACAAUACAAUCAAUAUGUAUAAUGAAUAAUAAUGGUCGUAGUGCCAGUGCUGGAAAAAAGUUGUUACUCACUCUGAAUGUGCCUAAAAUGUAUUGAACUUGGUGCUAGUUCUACGAAACAUUGCAAGUCUGUGAAGUGAAAGGAAACUUUGUCUGAUCAUGUUUGGAGCAAUCACUGUAAGAUUUGUGAAUUCAGUGCGGAGCACGUCUGACUCUGCGUCUUCAUCAUUAAAAAAAAUUAUAUGUUUGGCUUUUCCUACCAACAUGAGAUGUCAGUUCAACAAUACAGAGAUGCCUGUUCGCCUAAUGUCACAUGAUUCAAAUUCAGACAGACCUGUGCUUCCAGUCCUCACACUGUACACUAAAGACCCUUGUCCCCUGUGUGAUGAAGCUCUGGAGGUUCUCAAGCCACUUCUCAAUCAAGUUGCCUUGGAAAAAGUGGACAUCACAAAGCCAGGAAACGAGCAAUGGUGGAAGGCUUACAAGUAUGACAUACCAGUUUUUCACUUUGAAGGAAAAUUCUUGAUGAAGCAUAGAGCAAAUGUUGAUCUACUGAGAAAGGCUAUUGAUACUUUUUACGAGGACUGUUUUCGAGACUAAUUAUGUGCACAUUCAUUUCAUUUUUGACAGAAUACAUGUGUAUAAUGUCAAAACUAGAUAAUCAGUAAUAAAUGCCCUUUUCUUCAAUGAAAACUGUGUGGAUUGUGAAUGUGUUGAAAGAUAAUCACCUUUUAUAGCAUAUGUAAAUAAUGUUAUGCUCUGCUUGACAGAAUUUAGUCGUAUCUAAAUGUACCUACAUGUUUUUCUUUGUUAAAGUGCAUACGUAUGUGUCUUAUUUCUACAAGAUUUCUGAUUGCUUUUGCUAUAAAAUGAGAAUAACGUCAACUCUAACUC